AUGGGUUCAGUUUAUGAUUUAAGUUUUAAAAAUGUGUGUUAUUGUCCGAAAUCAAAUUACAUCCCAUUCAGCAAUAAAGAACCAAAGAAAAUAUUAAAAAAUGUUUGUGGUGAAUUUCGCGGAAAUGAACUCUCUGCAAUCAUUGGUCUAAGUGGUAGUGGCAAAAGUUCGUUACUUGACUGCUUGUCAGGCUUUCGAGAGAAAAAUGUCAAUGGUACAUUUAUGUUGAAUGAAGCUCUAGUUCCAAUAAAUACUAUUAAACAGAUUUCUUCAUAUGUUAUGCAAGAGCACUUAUUACAUGCUUUACUUACAACUAACGAGAUCAUGAAUUUCUCAAUUAAUUUACGUGAUAAACAAAAAUUAUGUGACAAAGAAAAGAAGGAGAAAAUUAAAAGAAUUUUUGAGAAAUUGAGCAUUAGUAGUAAAAGUAAUACAUACAUAAGAGACUUAAGUGGUGGUGAGAGAAAGAGAGUGCAAAUUGCAGUAGAGUUAGUGACUGAUCCUAUAGUUCUCUUUCUUGAUGAAUGCACAACUGGUCUUGACAGUUUUGCAUCCACACAAUGUAUACACAUGCUACAAAUGCUAGCAAGAGAAGGAAAAACAAUAAUAUGCACAAUUCAUCAGCCGUCUGCAACAAUGUUGAAAAUGUUUGAUCAUAUUUACGCUCUAGCUGAUGGAAACUGUAUUUAUCAAGGCGCUAGUGAAAAUUUAAUUACUUUUUUCCGUGAGCUUAAUUUGCCGUGUCCAGAAACAUACAAUCCAGCAGAUUUUCUAGUUGAAUUAGCAAACAAUGAUUAUGGACUUCAUAAUCACCGUCUCACUGAAAAAAUUGGAAAUGGAAAUAAUUUAGGUUAUAGACAUGUAGAAAUGCUAUCUAAUAAUAAGAAUCAUAUUACAAAAUAUACUAACAAAGAAAAUAUUAAAAUAACAACACAACCAACAAAGUAUGCAGCUUCUUACUCUUGGCAAGUUUACUAUCUCAUAUGUAGACUAUACUUAAUUACGUCCAGGGAUUCUUCACUUUUUUACAUACGUUUUUUCAUUCACGUCUUCGUUGGAUUUUUAUUUGGACAUAUUUACCAAGAUGUAGGGAACAAAGGAUCUGCAAUGUUAGACAAUUAUCGAUAUUUGGUGGUGACUGUAGUAUUUCUGCUCUACACAUCAUAUCACUCUUUAUUCAUAGCUUUUCCAGUCGAGUUUCCAAUUAUUAAACGAGAACAUUUCAAUGGAUGGUAUUCAACACGAGCAUACUAUACGGCAUUUGUACUUUUUGACCUACCAAUUUUACUCUUAUGCUGUCUUAGCUACACCUCAAUCACUUAUUGGAUGACGGAUCAGCCGAAAGAAUUAAAUAGAUUUAUAAUGUUUGUGAGCUUUGCAAUAUUUAUGUCGCUUGCGGCACAAUCAUUAGGAAUUAUGGUCACAGCUUUGAUGAAUCUAAAGAUGGCUAAUAUUCUUGCAAGCUUCUGUCUUACUCCAUUCUUUUUAUUCUCUGCGAUUAUGAUCACAACAAAAGAUGCUCAUCCGUUUUUCCAAUUAUUUUUCUAUGGAAAUUUUCUCGAUUGUGGACUUAAAGGAAUUUUGAACUCAGUACUAGGAUUUAACAGAAGUAAACUAGAAUGUGAUGAAAUUUAUUGCCAUUUUAUGGACCCAAAGAAAGUGUUGCGUGAUUUUGGGGCAAAUGUUGAUGUUAAACAAGCUUUCAGUAUUUUGUUGCUUUAUAUUUUAUUUUGUCAAGCAGCAUCAUUUAUUUUAUUUAGAUACAGGUUGAAAAAUUUUUCAUCGUAA